CCUUUUUUUUCUUUCUCUUUGAUUCUAAUCGAACCCCAUUGAAAAUCGAAUCAAAAAAGAGAUGGGGCGUGAGACGUCGUUUGGCGGGGAGAGCAAGCUGGUGCUUGUCGCGCGGUGGGCAAUGCGGCCGCUCAACAUGGCGAUUCUGGCUGCGUUUGUGGUUGCGCUGGGGCUGGCGUUCUCGAUGCUGGCGGGCGGCGGCGGAAGAGGGAACAAGAAUGGAAGCGGCGGCAGUGGUUCUGGUUACGAAAGCGGCGAGGACUGGGACGGCGGCUGGGGCGACGGCGACAAGCGCUACCACAGCGGAAACAACUAUGGCAUGUCAAACUCUACAUACAAGGGCCCCGAGUACUACCGGAGCGUGCUGGCCAAGCGCGUGGACCAGCCGGCGACGGAAGCCCCAUCUGCUUCUGCUGCUGCUCCUGCUGAUGCUGCUGAUGCUGCUGAUGCUGCUGAUGCUGCCCACGCAACCACCCAAGAACACGACGGCGACAACGACGGUGGUGGUAACAAGAAUGCCGGGAGCAACGACGACCCGGUGCUCGACGAGGACGACUACAUUGACGACGCUGCAACGAUCGAAGAGCUGCUCAAGGAGAUUGAAAACCUGCACCGCGACCGGACGAUCGCCACGGCGGCACUCGCUGCUGCCGAGGGGGAAAUCACUGCACUGCGCGGACAGGUUGCAAAGCUCACGACCGACCUGGCGAACGACGACCAGACGCUCAACUCGGUCUUGCUCAACGAGGAGGCGCAGUACGCGCGCUGCCAGCAGAUGAUUGCCAAGGAGCACGGCGCCAAGGCCGGAAACCACGACACGGAUGCAUCGACGGCAGACGCUGACACGAACAUGCAGGCGCCAGAGGACAACACUGAGGACACCUCCCUCGGCAAGGAUGCGACGGAGAACGCAAAGGACGCCGUCGACGAGGCCGAGGAAGUGGCUGCCACCGGCGAUGUCGACCCAUCCGACCUCUUCAUUGCAGACCCAACGACCGUCAAGUACCGCAACCGCUUUGCCUCGUAUGCCGGUGUCACGCGCAUUGCCAUGACUGGCAACAAGGGAGCGUUGGAUGCCGCGACAGAGCAGCGCGUGUGGAUUUUGCUCACUGGCCACUUCCGCACGUUCGCCGCCAACAUUCCCAACCUCAUUGCGUUCGUGAAAGCCCUCGAGCUCGGCGACAAGAAGGUCGUCCCCCACGUGUGCCUGUACACUUGGAGUGACAUUGAGUCGCGCUCGGCGGCCUGGUGGAAGGCUGAUGUCAACCCGCUCGAGUACCUCACCACCAUGACUGCCACCGUCGGUCGACCCGCAGAGCUCCUCGACGGCGUUAUCGAAGCACUCAAGGCGGAGAACAUUGGCUUUACCGGCGUUGUGCUCGAUGCUGAUGACGAGCGCAUCUCCUGGAAAGGCGAGCGCCACGCCCGCAAUGAACUGGGUGCGCUCGAGUCCCUGCGUAUCACCGCCGACGAGUACGAGUUUGGCGAUCUGCUACCAACGGACAUUGUCAUUCGCUCGCGUCCCGAUCUGCUGUACGAGCGCUCGCUCGACCUCAAGAGCCUGAGCGACGCCUUCCAGGCUGCUCCGGACAUGGUGUUGGUGCCUGCCGGCUCCAGCCGCGGUCUUUUGCCCAAAGCUGGCGGCUUGGUUGAGCUUGGUCGCAUGCAACCGAGCGAUGUGCUCAUGCUCACGAGCGUCCAGGGUCUGACAACCCUGUCGCACGUCGACUGGACGAUGAUCACUGCCAGCCAAGGACCCUGCUGGGACCGCACUGUUGCCAAGAUGUCCCACCUGCAGCAGCUCUUGUUUGUGUGCGCGCCAGUGGCGACCUACGUGAUGCGCCCCGACUUUGUCGUCCACGCGCACCGUCUUCACGGCGAAACCCACACUUUCUGGCCGACUGGACACUCGUCGGCCAGUCCCACGUGGGAGCCCAAGCAGGAGCUCAAGGCGACUGUCGAUGCGUUUGCCGGCCAGGUUUGCGUUGCGUCGCCUGCGCACCUGCCCGAGCUUCCCAAGGCCGCUGGAGCCGAUUCGCCGCCGCCUUGCUCGUUCGAACGUCUCAAAGUCGACAAGCCGCUUGGCGUGUUGCGCGAGCCUACCUUCGCUCAGAUCGAAGGGGCCCUAGACAUCUAAGGCCUCGAUGUGUGUGUGUGUGUUUGCGUUGUGUUUGCGUGUUUGUUCACUUGAGCUGUUGCGUUUCUCAUCUUAUUUUUCAGUAUUAUCUCAAUAUAUUGCUAUACUGCUAUAUUGCUUUUGUUUUCCUUAUUCUGCCUACCUGCAGAUUGAUUU